AUGCAACCAGAGAACCUCACGUGGGUAUCAGAGUUCGUCUUCCUAGGACUCUCUCAGAACCAGGAGCUCCAGCUUUUCCUGUUCCUGGUGUUCCUGUUUGUCUAUGUCACUACUGUCAUGGGAAACCUCCUCAUCAUGGUCACAGUGACUUCUGACUCCCGGCUCCACACACCCAUGUACUUUUUGCUACGAAACUUGUCUGUCUUAGACCUCUGUUUCUCCUCAGUCACUGCCCCAAAGAUGCUGGUGGACUUCCUCUCUGAGAACAAGACCAUCUCCUACCAGGGCUGCAUGGCCCAGCUCUUCUUCUUCCACUUUCUUGGAGGUGCCAUGGUCUUCUUCCUCUCAGUGAUGGCCUAUGACCGCCUCAUUGCCAUCUCUCGGCCCCUCCACUAUGUCACCAUUAUGAACACUCAGCUCUGUGUGGGGCUGGUGGUGACUGCUUGGACUGUAGGUUUUGUCCAUUCCAUUUCCCAGCUGGCUCUGAUGCUCCCCCUGCCUUUCUGUGGCCCCAACAUUCUGGAUAACUUCUACUGUGACGUUCCACAAGUACUGAGUCUUGCCUGCACUGACACCUCCCUCCUGGAGCUCCUCAUGAUCUUCAACAGUGGGAUGCUGGAUGUCAUCUGGUUCUUUCUCCUCCUGACCUCCUACUUGGUUAUCCUGAUGAUGUUGAGGUCCCACCCAGGGGAGGCCAGGAGGAAGGCAGCAUCCACCUGCACCACCCACAUCAUCGUGGUGUCUAUGAUCUUCAUCCCGAGCAUUUACCUCUAUGCCCGGCCCUUCACCCCCUUCCCCAUGGACAAGGCUGUAUCCAUCAGCCACACGGUCAUGACCCCCAUGCUCAACCCCAUGAUCUACACACUGAGGAACCAGGAAAUGCAGGCAGCAGUGAAGAGGUUAGGGAGGUGCUAG